CGUGACGCGGAGGGGUGGCCGGUGCCCGGAUGGAGGCGUUCGCCAUUCGUACAGUGCCGCCAGCAGCCGAAGGCACCCCACAGCUGUCGCCAUGAGGCUCCUAUCCCGCCUGCUGCUGCUCGUGCUCCUGGCCUUCCCCGCCGCCCUCCUGCUCGGCGGCGCCCGCGGCCCGGGUUCAAGCUUGCUAGUGGCAGCUCAAGAUGCUACAGAAGAUGAAGAAGCAGUGGAAGAUACUGUAGUUGAAGAUGAAGAUGAUGAAGCUGAAGUUGAAGAAGAUGAACCGACAGACUUGACAGAAGAAAAAGAGGAAGAAGACUUAUCAGGAGAACCUAAAGCCUCACCUAGUGCUGAUACAACAAUUUUAUUUGUGAAAGGUGAAGAUUUCCCAGCAAACAAUAUUGUGAAGUUUCUGGUAGGCUUCACCAAUAAGGGUACAGAGGAUUUUAUUGUUGAGUCUCUUGAUGCAUCUUUUCGGUACCCCCAAGACUACCAGUUUUACAUACAGAAUUUCACAGCUCUUCCUCUGAACACAGUGGUUCCACCACAGAGGCAGGCCACAUUUGAGUACUCUUUCAUCCCUGCAGAGCCGAUGGGUGGCCGUCCAUUUGGACUAGUUAUCAAUCUGAACUACAGAGAUUUGAAUGGUAAUGUGUUCCAAGAUGCUGUCUUCAAUCAAACAGUUACAAUUAUUGAGAGAGAAGAUGGACUCGAUGGAGAAACGAUCUUCAUGUACAUGUUCCUUGGUGGUCUUGGCCUCCUUGUCGUUAUUGGUCUGCAUCAACUGUUAGAAUCUAGGAAGCGGAAGAGACCAGUACAGAAAGUAGAGAUGGGAACAUCAAAUCAAAAUGAUGUUGACAUGAGCUGGAUCCCUCAAGAAACUUUAAAUCAGAUCAUGCAAAGUAGAAGAGAUAAAGCCUCACCAAGACGAUUGCCACGUAAAAGGGCACAGAAGAGAUCAGUGGGAUCUGAUGAGGACUGAGCACCUGAGCCAUGAGCCAAUGACAGUUGAACAAUACCUGCAAAUCACUUCACCAUCCUGGGUUUGAAGCAGGGUCUAAGGUCUAAAACUACCUGGUCUGGCACUGUUGUAUUAUAAGCUUCCCUUAAAAAAAUGCAAAGUUGUUGUGGGGUUUUUUGUUUGUUUCAUUUUAUGUUUUUUACUUUUGUCUUGGUGUGAAAAAUAACUUUUAGAAAUGUUUGUUUCCAUUUUUUUAACAGUGCUUGGCUUAACAUUUGCCAGCGUAGCUAGCCAGUAAAGAGCAUUUUCCACAAAGCAGGAUUUAACAAGAGUGUUUAAUAAAUAAUGAUUGUGUUUAACACUUGAAUGCUAUCUCCAGAAUGGGCUUAUCUACUAAAAUCCAAGCCAUUCUUCCUAUCAGAUGAGGGAAGCAGUUUAAGAUGGCAAAUGAUUCUUUACAGACUGUGUUCACACUGGUAGUCAAGCAAAAAAUAUUUAAGUGCUUUGAACCAUGGCCUUCUGACUGCAGCAGUGGCUGUUCUACUGAACACUGGAGGGGGAAGGGACCCACUUAUUUGCCAAUCUCUGGCUUAUCUGUGGUACCUUGGCUCAUAAAGAGGUCACUUAAGACUUUGCAUCAGUGCCCAUUAUCACUGAUGUUGGAAUAGAGACUUUCCAUCUAAAAUGUAGAAAGGUAAGAGUAAUGAAGAUCAUUCAGGGUUUGCCUAGAUGGCCAUCCUCAACAACAACAAAAAAAGGCCAGAACCCAGUUACUGCUAUGGGUUUUCUAUUGUAACAUCAUGAAAUAUCCACUCCGUUCUUUCUUCACCGGUCCUCUAUACCAUGUAACUUGAACAUUGUGCUGCAGAUGUUAACAUCUUGCAACUCAUGGUACCAGAGAUUUAAAUCUGCUUCAUACAGGAUUUCCCCC